UCUGAUGUUAGCGAGGAGCGAAGCUUCAAUAUAAAGUUUAUAAUAAGUUUUGUAGUGAGAAUCAAAAUUAGCUUGUGUUUCUUAAUGUUGGAAGUAAGUUUGAACACUAUAUUGGCAGUGUAUUUCACAAAUAAAAAACUUUUGCUGUAUAAUAUUUCAAUCAUAACCAAACUCAAGUAAAAAAGGUGUAUCAAGUGUAAACAUGAAACCUUCGAAGAAAUAUAAAAAGCAACCGCAAUGAGUCAUAAGCAACGGCGAACUCGAACGAAUUUCACUACAGAACAACUUAACAAUUUGGAGAAACUUUUUGAUGAAACUCAUUAUCCCGACGCUUUCAUGAGAGAUGAAUUAAGCCAGCGACUGGGAUUAAAUGAAGCAAAAGUACAAGUUUGGUUUCAAAAUAGGAGAGCUAAAUGCCGAAAAAGAGAGAGUCUGCUACAUAAAGAUAUUUCUUUAAGCACUCGCAACUCCAUAGUUCCCAGUUCUCUGAAUGCUUGCAGCCUAUCAUCAUAUAACAAAAUAAAUGAUUCGACAUUAGGAAUUCGUAUUCUACGCGGAAACGUAACUCAUAUUAAUUGUUCAAAGUUUAAUGGCAAAAGUCUGACGGAAGGACAACAACCUUUAGUAUCCACACCCGUUCCAUCUUCUGCCGUAUCAACUUUUCUUUCCACUACAGUCCAACAGAGCGGUACUCUAAUUAACGACUCUUCACCAAAAAACUGGAUUCCUAUUUACACUAACCCAAUUGAUCUGGCUGCUAUUGCAUCAGUAUAUAGUAAAAAAAUUAGUAUUGUGGAUUUGAGAAUAAAAGCAAGAAAGUACGCAGAAACUUCCAAAAGCACUUCAGAGCAAAUGGAUUUACUGGAUAUAUAACUUUAUAUAAAUUUAAUUUAUAUUAGCUUUUAUGUAUAAGUAGCUUAUACUGAAGUUAAUAGGAAUAAUAAAAAAUAUCAAAAAACAAGUUAAA